AUGGAUGAACAAGAAAUUCAUAUUCGUCAUUGUAUGCUUUACGAGUUUGAUCGAGGUUCAACAGCAGCUGAAGCAACAAGGAAUAUUCAUGCAGUAUAUAGUGAGGAAGCGGUCGGCAGUUCCACUUGUCGUCGAUGGUUUACCAAGUUCCGUUCGGAAGAUACCAGCUUGACGGGUAAACCCGGUUUCGGACGACCUGUAGAUUUUGAUGAUGAAGCGUUGCAAGCUUUGCUCGAUGCUGAUCCACGUCAAACAACACGCGAAUUAGCCGAACAGCUCAACUGUUCCCACACGACAGUGGAGUGUCACCUUCGUGCUCUUGGCAAGGUGCAUAAUUUCUACAAACGUGAAAUUGAACUAUUGCCAACAAGAUGGGCUAAUGUUGUCGAAAACAAUGGAGAAUAUAUUGUUGAUUGA